AUGUCGUUCUUCCGCCGCCGCCACCACUCGCAGCACCUCGUCCCAAACCCGCUCUCGACGCCCCAAAAACCGUCCUCCAGCGACAACGUCUCGAACACCACCCCCAACAAGCACGCGAACGCCAACUCCAUCCGCAAACGCGUCUCCACCAUCGCCUCCCUCUUCUCCGGACGGACCCCCAGCAAGGGCGUCGGGCACAUCGCCGAGUCGGGCUACCAAUGGGCCUACCCCAGCAGCCCCGAGCCCUCCCCCACCUCCCCCGACAUACGCCGCCCGAGCGGACUGGGUCGCCGCGCAUCGUCCCUCGAGAGCAGCCAGUCCUCCCCGGCCUCCUCGUCCACCCCGCCUCCCGCGAUCAUCACCACCGACGCGAGCGCGCCCGCCGACGACCGCAGACGCUCGCGCACGCUCAGCUCGCCGAACGCGCUGCCCUCGGCGCCCUACGAAUCCGAAAAGGCGCUGUCGCCGCGCCCGCGCGUGCCGACGCCGACGGCGCCCCCAGGGACAGACCGCGGUAAUCGUCUCUCGCGCAUGGAGCCCGGCCCGGGCCUUGGUCUCGGCCUCGUGCUGCUCCCCGUCGAAGAGGCAUCGCCCCCGCCGUCCCUGCGCUCGCGCCCCGCCGCCCCGCCGCCGACGCAUGCCCUCCCCGCGACGCCCGCACACACACCCGCACGCACGCGACCCGCAUCGCUCCUCCGCAUCCCUGUGCCCCCUGUUGCUCCUGCUUCUGCUCUUGCUCCUGCUGCUCUUGCUCAUUCUCCUGCGCCUGCUCUUGCACCUGCACCUGCACCUGCGCCUGCACCUGCACCUGCGCCUGCGCCUGCACCUGCACCUGCGCCUGCGCCUGCGCCUGCACCUGCUACCCCUCCCACCUCACCCCAGCCCCAACACCAUGAUAAUCACGACCACGACCAGCCAGACCCGCCCCUGCACGCGCUCUCCCCUCCGCCGCUCCGCCGCAUACGCAGGACGCCCCUCAUCCCGCUCAGCCUUGUCUGCGCACACAUCGCCCCGCGCGACCUCCCCGCCCUCGCCCGCGUUUCCCGCCGCUUCCGCACAGCCGCCCGCGGCGCGCUCUACCGCGCCGUUGACCUCUCCGCACGCUCGCACCGUGCCAUCGACCAGUGCGUCACUUUGCUCGCAUCCGCGCGCGACAUCGCAGAGCUCGUGCACGAGUUCACGUGCCCCGCGUACUCCGGCGACACUGCCAACAACGGCGACAACGGCGACGAGGACGGAGACAGCGACGGCGCCCCGCCCUCCUUCCUCCUCGCGCUCACCUUCGCCCUGCGCAACAUGCGCCACCUCACGACGCUCACCCUCCCACGCUUCGCCCCCGCCGUCCUGCGCGACGCACCCUUCCGGCUGCAGCGCCUCACGCUCCUCCAGCGCGCCAUGGGCGCCGCCGACGCGCGCGCCCUCUUCAACGCGUGGCUCCCGCGCCAGCAGCGCGCCAUCACGCACUUCGCGGCCCCGCACCUCGCCGCGCUCGCCGACGCUGACGCCUCCGACGCGCGCGACGAGGCGGCGGCGGCGGCGGGGUGCCUCGCGCGCCUGACGCAUCUGGAGGGCACGCCGCAGGUCGUUGCGCGCUUGCUCGCGUGCGGUAAGGCCCUGGGGGAGCGGCGGCGCGUGGUGGCCGUCACGCUGCAUAUCAGCUCGACGCUGUACGAUGGCCUGCGCCCCGCCGCGCUCAUGUCCGCGAUCGCGCGCGGCACCGCUUGCGUGGCGAGCGGUAGCGGUGACGGUGACGGCGACGGUGAGGAUGUUGGUGCUGGUGUUGAUGCUCGUGCAGUUGUGACGAGCAGCGUGACGUGCUUGGCGAUCGUGUCCGCGGCGGGCGCGCACGCUGUCGACGCGCGCACGCUCGCGAAGCUGCUCCUCGCGGCGGGCGCGGAGCUGCCUGCGCUCAGGGAGGUGCGCAUCGGCUGGGCGCUCGAAGACGAGGAUCUGUACCGGCAUCUCCCAGCUGUGCUACCGCGCAUGCAGAACCUCGAGACGCUCCGCCUCUCGCGCGUCCCGCCCACCUGCCCGCUCCCCGUGUCCUCUACCUCCCCAUCUUCCACCACCACCACUUCAUCCCCGUCCCACCCACACUCGCCCCUCCCCGCCUCGUCCCCCCCGUCCUCCCCUCCCCCCACACUCUCCCUCCUCCCGCCCCCGGCUUCUUCCCCUCCCCAAUCCGCAUCGCCCUCAGCCCCAGCCGACCCCGCGUCCCCCCCGCGCUCGCAAACCUUCCUCUUCCCCACCUCCUCCCCCACCUCUUCCCCCACCUCCCCCACCUUUCCCACUUCCACCGCUUCCACCACUUCCGUCACUUCCGCCGCCACGUCCACCGCCAUCGCCACCACGGCGGCAGCCCCAGCGGACGAUCCCGACGCCCAAACCCGCGCGCACCUCGCCCACUGGGCAAAGCUGCGCCCCACCCUCCGCCGCGCGACGCUCCUCUCGGGCGCGCGGUGGUGCGCGCGGCUUGUCGAAGCUGGCGAGGGUGGCGAGGGUGUGCCGGGCGCGGAGGCUGCAGCGGGUGCGGGGAUGGGGGCUGCCUGUGCGUCGGUUGUGUGGGAGCGCGUUGGGGCGCGGCCGACCGCGGAGCGCGCGGCUGCCAUCCUAUCCUCCUCUUUCCUCUUUCCUCCUCCUUACCCCUCCUCCUUACCCCUCCUCCUUCCCCGUCCCCACCCGCGCCCACCCGCACCUCCUGUUAUAUCGCGGCCCACACCGCCUCUCCAGCCACGGCCACGGCCACGGCACCCGGCCCUCUUCGUGCUCUAUACGAUAUAUACGCGCUCGCCGAUACCAUACAGAUACACCAUACGACUACCGUACAACCGCACGUACAACCACACAUACAUUACAUACGGCUACGCAUACGCUUACGCUUACAGACGCGCGCGCGCGCGCGCGACGCGCUAG